GGGAUACACAGCACCUGAGUAUGCAAUCCAUGGACAGUUAUCGGAAAAAGUUGACACGUACAGCUUUGGUAUUGUUGUCCUUGAAAUCAUAAGUGGCAUAAAGAGCAGUGAGAUGAUUUCUGAUCCUGGUGCUGAAUAUCUCCUUAAAAAGGCAUGGAAGCUAUAUGAGGAGGGCACGCACCUGGAAUUGGUGGAUGAAACCUUAGACCCCAGUGAAUAUGAAGGGGAACACGCAAAGAAACUCAUAGAGAUUGCUUUAAUGUGCACCCAAUCAUCACCUACUUUAAGGCCAACAAUGUCCGAAAUAGUUGUUUUGCUCAAAAGCAGGGGUUCACAGGAGCACACGCAACCAACUAGACCUCCCUUUGUUGAAACUGUCGAAAGGGUCCAUGGGGACAAGUCCACUUCUACCUCCUCAUCCAAUGCCACUACUUCUUUCUCUGUAGUGUCUGCUCGCUGA